CCUCCGCCGCACGUAGAGCCGACCGAAAGGAAGCAGAGCGUCAGUCAGUCUGCUGGCAUUGAGGGAGGCUGCACGACUUUUUCUUUUCUCUGUUUCUCACAGGUAUCUCACUCCCUUGCUCGCCAGAACAAGUCACUUGGAUUAAAAUAAUAACAGUAACAAUAAUUAACUAGUCCAACAAACAAACAAAAACAAUCUUCUACGGCGUCCACUCCACCCGAUGUGAAAAAGACAGACAGGAGAAAGGAGAACACAUUAAACAGAAGAGAAAUGGGAGCGUUCAGGGUGCUGCUGGGGAGUUUACAUUACAUGGGACUCUACAUGCAACUUAGUGCCUCCACAAGGCACGCUGGACACGGCGAGAUAGAAAACCACAUCUCCGGGAACGCCAUGUUCACAGAGGUGCCUCAUGAUAUGACUGCUCAGAGAGGUCAGGAUGUGGAGAUGGCCUGCUCCUUCAGAGGGGCAGGGACACCCUCAUAUUCACUGGAGAUCCAGUGGUGGUACAUCAGGAACCAUCUUGACUGGACGGACAGACAGCCCUGGGUAACGAAUGAAGUGGCUCCUGAAGAGGAGAUGCCAAAGGAUGCUACAAAGAUAAGUGUCGUGAAGGUUGUAGGAAGCAACAUUUCCCAUAAACUCCGCCUCUCCAGGGUCAAACCAUCUGAUGAGGGCACCUACGAAUGCCGCGUCAUUGACUUCAGUGAUGACGCAGGUGCCCGCCACCACCGUGUCAGAGCCUAUCUGCAGGUGGUGCCGGAGAACGACAACGUCAACAGUAACCAGAAUGACAACUUCGAGGCCCUAGAUGAUACCAAGGGCGGAGUGGCGUUCAUUGACAGGGAUGAGGAGCGGUCUCACGGUGGCACCAAAGAGCACGCUCACAGCCAUCACCAGAAUCACGGGCAUCACCAGGAGCACGGGAAGCGGCCUUCUUCGCCAAACCACCACAGCCACAGCAGCAAUCAGCAGCACAAGGCAGGCAGAGAGCUAAGGAAGAGGGACGUGGACAGUAACCACAGCCACAAUGACUGCACCAACGAGCCAAGCUGUAUGCUGUAGAUGUUGGCUUAUUAAACCUGAGUGAUAGAUUACACAAGGAUUGCAUAACAUGAUGUGUGUCACAGCAUAAAAAGCUAUUCUUCCCACAUAGUGCAAGUCUGUGCACAAAUCCAUAUUCCCUAGAAAUAUACAAUAUGGCUCAUUGAGAGCACAGUGCUGUAAACUGUGCUGGGAAUGUAGCUUUUUCCUGCUGUGCAUGGCUUUGGGCUGCUCACUGUCUGUAAGGCCUGGCCUCACAAAACAUUCAGCAAAGGGGGGGGGCUGAUGUGUAGAUCUAAGCAGCUCCACUGUCUCUUUUCUCCCUCUCAAAAAAAAAGACUCGUCUUCUUAUUAUUAACUCAUGCUUCUAUAUUGUAAAUGACACAGCCCUCCUUUCAUGCUCAUACUUCUUCCACUGCCUUACUCUGUCAUUAGGUGCACCCUCAGAAAAACUGUAAUGUUAUAAGUCUUGUGACUGGGGCUGUAACCAGUAAGAGAAAAUGCUUCUUUUAUUCUGAGUGUGGACUGAAUGAAACUGUCAGUAAGUCUUUGCUGGAAAUGUUGUCCAGUCAGACUUUUUAGCUUUUUACUGAGAGCACUAGCUUCACUGCGUCUUUUUGUGUGUUCAAAUACUGGACAUGAAUAUGGUGCAAAUCUUUAUCCACCUGAAACUUUAUUCUGUUUACUCGCAGGGGGAAAGAAAUAUGCUUUCUUCAGCAGGAAUUCAUCAAGGUCCCAGAACAGCAGUGCUCAUCAAGGACUGAUUGGGCAUCAAUUCAUUUGAGUUGGGAGUAAAUUCAGUAGCAGUGUGGAAAGUGUGGGAUUUCUUCCACAUUUGUGCACAAUUCAAACAAAUGACAUCAUUGGCUGUAUUUUCCCCACAGCGCUUCUGAGCUUAUGAAUUUGCAGUGCAACUGAAAAUAUGAUUUUUGUUCCCCCCUCCCCCCCCCCCCGUGUGCUGCAGGUUUGAUCCAUUCAUGGCUGUUCAGGCUGAGAGAAAUUAAUCGAGUUGUUCCAUGUGGACCCCACCUGUUUGGAAAGCCAUGAAAAGAUCAAAAUCUGUGCCACUAAAUUAAAAAUCUUAUUUGGUGUGCCUCCAAAUCCACCCUAUGACUAUAAAUCAAUGGGAAGAAAUGUGGUCCUGGUUCAAGAUACUUUUUGUGAAGAGCAGUACUGUACCUAUCCAAGCUCUGCUCUGGUCCAGUGCUCAUCAAUCAUUUAAAAAGCCUCAAUCCUCUCCACUACAAGCCUCUAAUCCACUCUGUAUAUAUGACUGUAUAAUAUCAAAUUAAGUGAGUGCAUGUUCAGUAAUUUUCUUAAAAACUUUUUCAAGCAACCAUACACAAAGACAAGUGUGUUAGUUAAGAAUAUGUUUGUUAUUUGUUAGUUUGUUUUAAAUAAGAAAAUGUCCAUUCUGCUUUAAAUCUUUUUUCUACAUUAGAAGUCCUGUCAAAUAGAUUUUCUCUUCAAAGCGGCAUUCUGUUGCUUUACUGCUCUCCAGAAGUGCUGUACAGACAGAUGAAUGACACAUUCUCUUCAUAGCUGCUCGGUAAGGGUUUUCCCUAAUGUAUCUUAGUACUUCAGCCGUGUUUCUUUAACUACUGUACUGUAUGUGCAGGGCCGCUAACAUGAGUGUUGCCGUGUGUUCAUGACCUUGAAGGUGAGAUUCAUUUCUUGCAGUUUGGGACUUGAUCUGAAAAGAUUUGAGAGGCCAUUUUAUUUCUGCCAAUUUUGUAAAUCCAUGAUAAUCUCUUUACUCAGAUGCUUGUGCAAAGCACAGGACAACACUACACUCUUAAGGGAUCAAAUGAAAGAAAUUGCAGGUGGGUGACGUGGGAGAAAGCUUCGAGCAGUGAGGGUAAAAACUAAGAGGAAAAUGUUGUUGGUGAAACACUGAAAUUGCCUGUUCAUACUGCCUCAAAAUUUGUCUCGAAGCACAAGGGGCUUCAUGUCUCUGCUGCAUUAUCCAUCAGAGGAACUUCAGUGCUCCUGUGAUUGAUGGCAGUCCCUGUAGAGCAAGAGGGUGCUCAGUAGAAUUUUUUUUUUUUUUCAACAAGUAACUUUGAUUUGAUGUUUUGUAAGAAAGAAAAGAUCAUGGUUAAAAAAAAAGAGGGAAAAUGUACAUUUCUUCUAGAAUGUUUGGUCUCACACUAAGUGUAUGGCUUUAUCAAAUGAAAUAAAUUGUAUAUGAAACAACA